UCUUUUUGAGAUCAGAUGUUGCAACUAUGGAAUAACUGAACGUGCGACGUCCUGCAUUAAGCUCUGUGAUGUCAGCUGUGGAGCUUCUUUGGUUCAGUUCCUCUUAUGUUUAUUGCACUUUCAGUGUAAAGUUUGUCCUCUGGAGGGAGACACUGACUGUCUCAAUCAUCAAAUCAGGAUGUUUGUUCUCAUCUGGGCGACUCUGCUUUUCUCUGUGAGAGACAACAAUGCUGUCACAGGUGAAUCGGUGGGGGAAAUAACAAGCUGUAACAGAGGAUUCUGUAUCACUCUCAGAGGAGGAGAAGUAACAGCAGAGGCUGGACUCUGUGUUGUGAUACCGUGUUCUUUCACCACUGGUCAUGGCUUUACACCUCAACAUAUGGUGUGGUACAAAUGUGAACCAUCUAAAUAUAGUUGUGGUGAUUCAGACAUGAUACUCCACACUAACAAGAACAACAAAAAAGUUCAGUCUGGGUUUAUGGGAAGAGUUUCACUGUUGGAGCCUGACGUGAGUCAGAAGAACUGCAGCAUCAUCAUCAAUGACCUCACUGAGUCAGACUCUGGAUCAUAUCGGCUCAGAGUUAAUGGUUUCCAGUAUGGGAAUAAUGUUGGAUAUACAUUCUAUCAAAGAGCAACUGUCUCUGUUAAAGGUCUGACCCAGAAGCCCACAGUGAUGGUUCCUCCUCUGACAGAGGGACAGCAGACCACACUGACCUGCACUGCUCCUGGUCUCUGCUCUGGAUCUGAUCCUAAAGUCACCUGGACGUGGAGAGGAGCAGGAAACAUCACUGCUUUCAUGACUGAGGAUCUGACUGCUGUCACAAAGAGACACAGCUCAACUUUGACCUUUAACCCUUCAGAUGAACACCACGGCUCCAACGUCACCUGUAAGGUCAGCUUCACAAACAACAUCAGUACAGAGGAGACAGUGACUCUGAAUGUGACCUAUGUGAAAGAAUUUAAAAUCACUGGGAAUACAAGUGUGAAGGAGGGUGAGACUCUGAAUCUCACCUGCAGUGUUGAAAGUUUCCCUCCAUCUCUCAUCACGUGGACAAAAUCUUCUGAGGAAAACUUUCUGAAUGGAUCAGAAACGAAUUGGGAGAACAACACCGCGAUCUUCAUGCAGAGAGAAAGUGGAAUGGGCACUUUUUCCAUCUCUAAUGUGACAACAGAGGAUUCAGGACUGUACAUCUGCAGAGCAAAGUAUCUGAAUAAAACCCUGGUGGAAAGGGUUGAUGUAACAGUCAUAUAUAUGAAGGAACCUGUUAUCACUGGAAAUACAACUGUUGAGAAGGGAGAUGCUCUGAAUCUAACCUGUAGCGUUGAAAGUUUUCCUCCAUCUCAUAUCAAAUGGACUGUAUUUGGCUCCAACGAGAAGCUGCACAGUGGACUUGACCCCGACCUGCAGAACGACACUGGAUCAGCCACACUUUUCAUCCCUAAUGUGACGGCAGAAUAUUCCGGACAGUACGUCUGUACAACACAACACCUGGACAAGACUGUGACUACAUAUGCUGAUGUAACCGUUACUUGGUUUUCAAAGAUCUUAAAAAACUCUGGGUGUGUGGUUCAGUCGGAGGUCCUGACCUGUGUGUGCAUCAGUGAGGGGUUUCCAUUACCCACCAUCAAAUGGCCGCUGUUGGAGAACCACACUGAGUACUCUGUCAUCACCACUGUGUCAAACCACACAGUCAACAGCACCGCCACUCUAACUGUAAAAGACCACAGCAACACUUCUGUUAAUUGUGUCAGCAGCAAUGGAAAUGGGGAAGCUAAAGAAAACCUCAUCAUUCACAUACAAAUGUCAGAACAAGAUGAUGAGUCCAAAGAUCUAGUUUCAUGGUUGGAAGUCAUCAUUGCCUUUUCGAUUGGUGCAAUUCUUUCAGCAGUCAUUUUCUGUUUGAUCACAAAAUGCCACAGAAAAAAUCAGAAGAUCUCCAGAAAGCUGGAUGGAACUGUGGAGAUGGUGACCAGUCUAGAGGAUCCACUGAUAGAUGCUGGUCAAACAGUCGAGGAUGAUCAGACCUACUACCAAGAGUUAGCCGAAGGAGAAGAAGGAGCUGCGGCGGCAGAGCAAGCAGCCCCUGAUCUCAAUGGUGGACCUACAGAUGUGGAGUACGCCAGCAUUGAUUUCUCCCUGUUGAAAAGAAAGAAUCCCAGAGAGGCAGCAAAGAAGAAAGAGACCACAGAGACAGAGUACGCUGAAAUCAAGAAAGAAGUAAAAGAGGAAACAGAAAACAAUGGCGGAGAGGAAGGUUGUGUCUUGGAGGGGGUGAUGAUCAUGGAGGACGAAGAGACUAAGCAUUGUGUCCCUGCAGAGGACGACGGGGAGGACGCUGAAGUGUACUCUAACGUGAAGGAUAUAAUGUCUGAGAUUUAAGGACUGUUGCAUUGUAGAGUUGCUUGAGGAUAAAGUUGCUUCGCUGUAGUCAGUUGUGAUGGAUUGAUGUAAUGGACUGAUGAUGGAUUGUUAUUUCAGUGAGUUAAUGGCGGUCAUGUGAACAGUUUCUAACAGCUAUGGUCUUUAAAUGCCACAUUCAGCCUGUGGUAAACUGAAGUGACAGAAACUCUUCGGCUGUGCAAAUCCAUUCAUUCAACUGAGGGUGGACUGGAAGUUGGACAGAGUUUCCUUAUUCAAGUGUUAUUGUUUACUCCGCCAUUACUCCAGUGGCGUAUAAAGGGACAACCACCUCCAUCCUCUCUGCUUCAGAGAGCUGAAGUGUACCUACGUUAGAUACAUAUUGUUUAACCAGGAUAAGCAUGUGCCUUCAGAGUCUCUCUGGUCAGCCCAAAGCUCUUCUGAAUGGCCCACAUUUCUCUGCCUGGGGGGGAUGAGGUGUCUCUUAUCAGCGUGGUUCAAAGGAUGACAACAUCGGUCUGUCUGAUGAUCUGUUUGUCCCACCACUUUGGGCCAGACUGAAAUAUCUCAAUAACUAUUGGAUGGAUUCCCAUUUAAUGUUAUUCAUGUUCCCCAGGGGAUGAACCCCAAUGACUUUGUUCACUCUGUGACUUUUCCUCUUGCUCCACCAUCAGGUUGGACUGUGUUUUUUAAGUAACUGUCGAGACAGCUAUUGGAUGGAUUGUCAUGAAAUCUGGUAGAGACAUAACAUUUUAUUAACUUUUGUUGUAUUUGAACUUUUUUUUUAAUCUAGUGAAAUCAUCUUGUGAAAAUUUCCCUUUAUGUUCCAACGUUAUAGUUCCUCUGAUACGAAAUGUUCUCUUUUUUUUUUGCUGAUUUGUAGUGGAGGGUAGUGACACAGAGCAAAUGUCAUACUUAAAAGAAGAACUUUUGUAGAUAACAAGUGGAGCUGUCUAACUCAGACUGCUUUAUAUAGCUUCAGCUGAACUUAAUGAUGCAUGUUGUCACAGAAUGAGGACUGUAGAUGUUGUCUCCAUCUAUCACAGUGGAAUUGACUUUAGUUGGGCUGUCUUUAGGGCCAGUAUGGACAUAUGCAUGUUAGCAUUGUUUCGAGACAGGUUUGAAAAAAAGUUACACUCUCCUUUAAACUGCAUUCAUUUUUAUAUAAAAUAUAUUGUCAAACUACAAAUUGUACAUUAGUUUGUCAAUUUUAAUUAAAAAAACAGAUUGAUCUGU